UGUAUGUCAGUGCGAUUUUAACGAUUUGUUUGUAUUGCUUAUUUGAUGUUUCGCGUGCUGCUGAGUGUCAUAAAAAGCGGAUAUGAUUCAGUUUGUUUUAUUUACGUAUAGCUUAAAAACAACCUUCAACCACAAACUUGCCUUGCCUUAAACAUAAAAGCAUAACAAUUUUCCUAUGCUUCCUUGGAGUACUGGUAUUUCCUUUAGGAAAUGCAAAUCGAGUACAUUCUCUAGUCUCUGUAAAGGUGCUCUUGCUUUGUGAUUUAAUUUGAGGGAAUCAGGGAUGAAGCAGUGUUAAUGAAGUUUAUAAUUGUAAUUCGUGCAACCUGAGAAUGAACCCGGGCAUUUCUUCAAAGUAAACCAAAAACUGAUGUCAAACUGAGAAUUUCCCCUGACAAAGUCAGAGAGCCUUGAAAUAUCAGUCAAAACGACUAAUUACAAAACCACCCAGAGGCAAAUAACCACACAACAGGGGCCAUAUUAAUUACACACAUAAUAAGUUGAUGAAUACAGCUGAUUAUAACCAAGGCCAUGGAUGAAGAAUUUACUCCAUUAGAUUGCCUUCUGCCUUCAGGAAAACAAAAGAUAUGCUUGAUUAUCCUAAAUCAGCCGUUGGAUGAGCAGUACUUCCAUGUGCUGUGGAGUAAAGCCAAAAUCCGAGCAUGUGCCGAUGGAGGGGCCAAUCAGCUUUACGAGCUCACGGAGGUGCGUCGUGAGAGUUUUCUCCCAGACUACAUAAGUGGAGAUUUUGAUUCUAUCCGACCAGAGGUCAAGGAUUUCUACAGAGAAAUGAACUGCAAGCUGAUGGAAACACCUGACCAGGACCUAACAGACUUCACCAAGUGUUUGGCCAUUAUGCUGCAGAAGAUCAAAGAACAGAAAUUGCAGGUGGACACAAUAGUAACGCUGGGUGGUCUUUUAGGCCGUUUCGAUCAGAUCAUGGCCUCCGUGGAGACUUUAUUUCAUGCCCAGAAGAUGACCAAUCUGCCCGUGGUUGUUAUACAGGGCUGUUCUCUGGCCUUCCUCCUCCAAGAGAACAGACGGCAUCGGCUAAAUGUGAACACUGGUUUGGAGGGUAAAUGGUGUAGUCUCAUUCCGGUGGGCUGCCCUUGUCUCACCACCACUUCUGGGCUCAAAUGGAACUUGGACAAUCAAUCAUUGGCUUUUGGAGAACUAGUAAGCACAUCCAACACUUAUGAGGACCACGACCCCAAAGGCAGCAGAAAACCUGUGACAGUCUCAACUGACAAGCCACUUUUAUGGAGUAUGGGUAUUAGAACACCGUGAACAAAGCACCCAAGCA